AUGUUAUACUCCUUUGACGAUAUCAAUACCUUGGCUGUGGGUCCUUCGUUCGAUCAGAACAUUGACUAUAUGGAUCCCAAGACCAUUGAUGACUUUCAUUUGUACCAAUGUUGGAGACAAAAUAACUCCCAGUCAAUCCGAUGCUAUCAAGAUGAUAUUUCCGUUAUCAUUCCUUCCACCAUUUCCCGCCGGCUAGAAAAUGUGUGCUGGAGGCGAUGGUACAAGUCGAUCAAAAGCCUUGGAGAGAUCCCUCCCAGCGAAAUCAAUUGGUAUAAAGACCAAGAUAUCACAUGGCUUUACGGCCCCAAAUUCACUAAUGAUUCGAAAUUCGAGUUGGUUCCAGAACCACAACUCACCGAAAAAAAUCUCCACAACAACGAUUUGCAAAGAUGUGAAAGCGAAGACGAUGUUUGUUCACACACGAGCUCGUUAUCGUUAACUAAUUUAUCAUGGUCACUGUCGUUGAGCGAUCUUGAAGACUCCGAUUUAAAAUCUUCAUUAAAAACAGCCUCUACUGGCAAACGCAAAUCCGUCAAGUUUUGCGAUAUUGUCAAUUCUCGAGAGAUAAUCAAUGGCCGGCCCUUUGAUUAUGACUUUUUGGAUAUUAGAGCGUAA